GUCAAAACUGGCAUUUUCGUUUCGGCAUUUUCAUUUUGAUUUUUAAAGGAAAUAGGAAAUAGUGAACUACGUUGUUUUUUCGAUAAUCAAGUUAAUUAAUAAUUGUAGGAUUUAAAGUAUCAGUCGUUCGAUAUGCAAAAGUCAAACCCACCAACCGGCUUUUGAAGUUUUUGCAAAAUCUGCUUAUGAUGUGAAAUCAAGCUAUGGCGAAAAUUCAACAUGUAUUCGAUCUUAUUAGAAAUUUCUUUAACCCUACUUCCGAUUUCCACAGAGAAAGGGCCAGAAAAAGGAGAGCCUCUAAUUCCUUCGAUACCGAUCAACAUACUAAAUACAGGAGGACACAAUUUCAUAGAAUAACUUCCGAUAACAGUGACAGAGAGAAUUACUUUGUUAGCCCCGUUUGUCGAGCCAGAAGCUCAGAUUACAAGUUUCAAACGAAAAGAGGAAUGGAAACCAUAGUCUUAGAUGACGAUGAUGAUGACCUUAAGAAAUAUGAAAAUAACAGUUAUCCAAACAAAUCAGUUUCAAAAUACACCUCUACUCCACAGGAAAGUCGCAAGAAGUACGAAGAUCUCGCUGGAUGCCUACAAGGGAAUGCAGCCACAAAUACAAAAAAGAAACACGAAGAUCAAGACGAUGAUAUAACAUUUAUAAGCGAAUUAAAAUCUCCUAUGUUAAAACGAAAUGAAGCUUCGAAAUUAGGAUUGCAUUACAUACAGCCUUUUUCAAGCUUAUUAAAUUUGAAUCAAAGGAUUAUGGACGAUUCCAAAAACAGAAUGAAGAGAAUGAGUAGCUCAAAUGCAGCUCAUAGCUCCGGCUCUUCUAAUAACAAUUCGAAUUACUCGGUUAGACCGGACGACAAAAAACUGUACAGAGAACUCUUAGAAUCGUCUUCGGAAUAUUCCUCCGCUCUAAACUCUACUUUUAAUUUUGAUACGUCUGGAAGGAAAGGUAGAAUACUGAAAUUAGCCAUGGACAUCCCUACGAGAGAAAAAAUGUCUACUAAAGAUACCAUUAGAAAGGUGUUAGGGGACUUGGAGAACGAGCCUGUAGUUAUUAAAGAUUCGGAUUCCGAUUCCGAUGUGGUCUUCCUGAAUCCUCCAUCUCCGAAGCCCGAUUUCAAAGUAGAGCCUGUGAAUAGUUUCAGGAAAGUAGUGGAUACCUCUCAAAGGGCUACAUCCAAAUGGUUAGAAAACUCGGUGCAACAACAUCGAAAGGUCCUUGAAGACCGUAAAAAAGAAGUCGAGCAGCUCCAAACGUAUGCAGAUAAACACAAAAAUAUUAACAAACUUCUAAGAGUCGAUCUACUCGCAGACAAAGUCGACAGAUCUCUCAGAAUCAAAGAGGCCAUCUUGCCGGUGAUCGAGCUCGAAGAAUCGAUAGAACUACCCGAACUGACCGACGCCCAACUAAAAAUGGUCCAGCGGGCGUUCAAUGGCGAUAAAAACGAAGUUCUAACGAAGAAAUUCAACCUGAAUAUAACCCGCAGGGACAUCCUGACUCUGGCCGGCUUGAACUGGCUCAACGAUGAAGUGAUCAAUUUCUACAUGAACAUGAUCAUCGAACGGGGGAAGGACUCGAAAUAUCCCAAAUCGUUUGCUUUCAACACGUUUUUCUAUCCCAAAUUGAUCAGGGACGGGGCGCAGUCGUUGAGAAGGUGGACGAAACGAGUGGAUUUGUUCGAGCACGACUUGAUUUGCGUUCCGAUUCAUCUAGGAAUGCACUGGUGCAUGGCCAUUAUCGAUUUUGGAAAUAAAUCCAUUAGGUAUUACGACAGUAUGGGUAGCAAGAAUGACAAGUGCUUGGAGGCUUUGAGGAAUUAUUUAGAUGCCGAACACAUGGACAAGAAGAAAUCUCAUUACGAUACAUCCGAGUUUGUAUUGGAAAAUGUUUCGGACAUUCCUCAGCAGAUGAACGGCAGCGAUUGCGGAAUGUUCUCCUGCACGUUCGCCGAAUUUAUCACGAGAAACGCGAAGAUCACCUUCAACCAGGAGCACAUGCCGUACUUCAGGCAGAAAAUGGUCGUGGAAAUACUGACGGGCGAAUUAUUGAUAAAGUGAAACAAUUAGAGUAAGUUUAAAUUCAAUUUUUCAGUGCCGCUUCUGAAGAUCUUGUUUUAUUUAAUUGUUUGUUGUUUGAGUUUUUUUAAGAGCAAAUUCGAUUUCUUGUCUGUCGGGGAUUUUCUAGUAAAUUGAACAAAAAAAAAUGAUUUAUUUUAAUUUAAACUAUUCGCAGUAUUUCAUUUUUUAAAUAGUGGAAUUUAUCUGUGGGAUGGUUUUGUCAAGGUUUAGAAAAUUUUUCGUUUUUCAUUAUCCUGCAAUAAAAUUUCGCUGUAGAAACUCGGAACUUAAUUAUUUAUACUUGAACGUUCAAAACAAAUAUUAAUGUGAUUUGUGUCCAACUAUUUUUAAAUAUCAUUAAUUAACGAUGUAAGUAUUUUUAAGGUUUUUAUAAUUUUCAAAAUUAUUUCAUUUAAAAUUUCCAUAGAAUACUUCAAUUACAUUGUGAUGGUUUAGUUAUUCGAAAAAUGUAUUCAUUUAUAAU